UUGCCUUAUGUGAGAUCGUUUCUCUGAACCUUCUGUAAUCAACAUGGCGCCACAGUUUGCAGCUGUAGGGGGAUAGAGACUAGAAAAACACACAUUGAGCAGUAGUUUCUUUAUUAUUAUUUUUUUUUAUUUAAUUACUAUUUCAGACUGCAAUGAGAGAGAACCGGGCAUUCUGCAUAGCAUUUUUUUCUGCAAGCAUUCUAGGUUGUAGUAAGUAUUACCGCGUCGGUGCAGUCGAAUCUUUAGAAUAGAGCUACCAGACUUGCGAUGACAGGUUACUCACCUGUUAUGACGAGGAAGUUAUUCUGAUGAUAGAGCUGUCUGCGAUGACAGGUUACUCACCUGUUAUGACGAGGAAGUUAUUCUGAUGAUAGAGCUGUCUGAAGUGACUCCUAGGAAAAAUAAAGAACAGCUUGAUGUCUAGAGAGGAAACCAACUCCAGAUACAACAAGUGUUAUGGAGAACAGCAUGUGCAUUACCAUUAGGCAUAGUUUCAUAUAACGCUUGUCCUCGGGGACACAUGAAGCAAGAUAUCUAAUUUAUUAUUAAGAAAUAAGUUCCAAAAUGAACGAAGACAAUUUUUCUUCCCAUCCGCAAGAAGAGAAAGAAAGAGAAAAACUUCCUCCAAUAUCGACAACUUCUGCAUCUGGGCAGGGCACAGACAGAUCGACAAAAAGCCACUUCACCUUCAGUAGUUUCAUCUCAGCCAUCAACCAGAAGAAAGAAGCAGCUAGCAGGCGGAAUCUGGCAGCACAGCUUGCCAAACAAAAUGGCAAAAGUGUGACAGAGCUGCCUCCCAUCUGUCCUGAUGUCCGACAAAAACAACGGCUCUCCAUCGAGACUCUCCCCCCAGAGAUGAAGGCUCCUAUCCCCCCAGAGCCUGUCAUUCCAAUCCGCACAAAGACAGUCAAAGAGUUUCAGGAGGAUAUGGAAAAAGCAAAGACAUCAGGGGACUGGACAUACGUGCAUGAUUUCUACCUCACUACAUUCAACUCUUUUCUGGAAUUGAACGCAGCUUUUAAGAAAGAUGCAAGUGCUCCAUUUAACACCAUUGAAGAUUCAGGGAUUAAUACCAGAUAUCUAAAUGCUGUUUAUGACUCCUUACUCAGUACCCCACCAGACACACAAAAAGCUGUGCUGAAGGGUGUCAUUAACAGUUUGUUAAGAGAAUGGAAAGGGGCUCGGACUAAAGAUGACCUUAGAGCUUACUUUACCCUUGUACAGAAUCCUCAGUACACAAGCACGUCUACGUAUGUCAUCUUCGCACACUUGCUGAGACAAAUAGCGACCUUGGCUGAAGCUGACCACCAUUUCUUAGUUUACUGGUUUAAAAAGCUUUCUCAGAGGAGGUUCAAACAGCUGGUUGACAGAUUGCUUCAGUUCAUAUCCCUGCGACUCUUUCCAGCAAAAUCUGAGGAGCUUCCACCAAUAGUGAAAUGCACCUGGUGGAAUCCUUCAGCAACCAAAGUUCUUGCUUUACUCAAUGCAGCCAAUAACAUUUCAAAUCCUCCAAUUAUCCCUUUCACGGAUUUCUAUAACUUAACACUGGAUCACAUUGACAUCAUGGAAGAGUAUAACACCUGGCAUUCCUAUGGGAAUUCACACAGGUUCUCUUUCUGCCAGUUCCCUUUUAUUCUUUCAAUUGCAGCAAAGAAAACCAUAACCCAAAGAGACUCGGAGCAGCAGAUGAUCAGUAUUGCCAGACAAAGCCUUGUGGACAAAGUGUCUCGCAGACAGAGACCCGACAUGACCCUGCUGUUCCUCAACAUUCAAGUACAAAGGCUGCAUCUUGUUAGAGACUCCCUGGAUGAGUUGACAAGAAAGAGAGCAGAUCUAAAGAAGAAACUGAAGGUCACCUUUGUUGGGGAAGCAGGGUUAGACAUGGGCGGCCUGACAAAGGAGUGGUUUCUACUCCUGAUUCGACAGAUUUUUCACACUGACUACGGUAUGUUUGCAUAUCAGACGGAUUCACAUUGCCAUUGGUUUAGUAGCUUGAAAUGUGACAACUACUCUGAAUUUCGACUGGUUGGAACUCUGAUGGGCCUGGCUGUGUAUAAUAGCAUCACCCUGGACAUUCGGUUUCCACCUUGCUGCUAUAAGAAGCUGUUGAGUCCCCCCAUAGUUCCAUGUGACCAGAGCACUCCUGUUGGGAUCGCAGCUGUCAGCCUGGAUGACUUGCAGCUAGUUAUGCCUGAACUGGCACACGGGCUCAAUGAACUCUUAUCUUACGAAGGCAACGUGGAAGAAGACUUUUAUUCAACUUUUCAGGUUUUCCGGGAGGAAUUUGGAAUCAUAAAAUCUUAUAACCUCAAACCAGGUGGUGACAGAAUCCCUGUUACCAAUCAGAACAGAAAAGAAUAUGUUCAACUCUACGUAGACUUCCUUCUCAACAAAUCCAUGUACAAACAGUUUGCAGCUUUCUAUUAUGGAUUCCAUAGUGUCUGUGCCUCAAAUGCACUGAUGCUGCUCAGGCCAGAGGAGAUUGAGAUCCUGGUGUGUGGCUGUCCUGAACUUGACAUGCAUGCGUUACAGAAAGUAACCCAGUAUGAAGGAUACACCAAGACAGACCCAACCAUCCGAUAUUUCUGGGAUGUGGUUUUAGGAUUCCCUCUAGAACUCCAGAAGAAGUUGUUACAUUUUACCACAGGAAGUGACAGGGUACCAGUUGGGGGAAUGGUAGACAUGAACUUUAAAAUUGCAAAGCAUGAAGUCUCGACUGAUUGGUUGCCAAUAUCCCACACCUGUUUCAACCAGCUUUACCUGCCUUUAUACAAAAGCAAGAAAGAACUUAAGCAAAAGUUAACUAUUGCCAUUUCAAAUGCAGAAGGGUUUGGUAUGGAGUAGAGGCACAAACGAAAUAUUAAACUGUAGACUGAUUUACUCUGUUUUUACUGAGCCACCCACUUGUAUUGUAAAUGUGUAACUGCUUGUGAAUAUAGGGCUGUAAUGAAAAAAUCACAACGGUCCUUUAUGACCAAAAUAAGGCUUUUGAUCAGGGACACUGUUAAAAGGCAGAUUAUAAUGGCAGCCUCCUCUCAGGAUUACAAGAGUUAGUGGUAAGAUUGUGUUAUAUAUUUUCUGUUUUAAUAAGGGGUUUUAGUAUGGCUUUAGCAGAUAUCAAAUAUUAAGCAGUAAAAGUCAUUUUUUGGUAAGAAUGACAACAGGAGUGGAAGACUGGCAUGGGCAGGAGGAGGUCAGCUGGCCAGUAUUUUACCUGCAGAUUCACUUUACAUUUUGGAUUUCUUGCAUUAUCCACAAUGUAAUAUCAGUUCCUUCAGAAAACCAGUUCAAAAUAGUUCAAUGUGGCUUUUCGCUAACAUGGUUUUAGUUCUGUAUACAUUACAGCUUGUUUGGCCUUGUUAUUUGUAUUCUGCUGCCUUCUCUGAUGGAUAUACUGACAGAUUGGAAUAAACCCACCAACUUUCAUUUGUAAUGAAGUAGCAUGAAGUUACAAUAACUGUGUAAUACUUUUUUUGUAUAUACAAAGGCACAAAUUUCCAAGCAAAGAACGUAUUAUUUCCAUUACAGCCCUACUGUAAGCUUUUGGGGUUAUUGUUAUUUUUAUAUAAUAUUGGUAAUGCUUCAUACAGGAUUUUUUUUUUUUUUUUUUUAAAUGAUUUAAUAGAUGCAGAUUUAACUCUAUCUGCUGGUGUUUUCCUCAGGGGUGAUUUAUUGAAACAAGUUCUAUUCAAUAAAUAUACAGUUGAAUGAAGUUCAUGAAAGAUCAGGUUUAUAAAUUGUGAUGCAACUGUAUGGAUCUGAUGUUUAGAUCAUUAAAAAGACCCCAAUAACUUAAAAGCUUGCUCCUACAAGUGAAAGGCAUAUACCAAGUAAAGGCUUGUGUCAUAUAAUCAGAUCAUUGAUGCACAGUGGUACCUGUAUCGUAGAGGUUUGAGAAUUUGGCUCUUUGUAAAGGUUGCAAUCGAAUACUUACCUUAAAAUGAAGCUGUCUUGGUGGAAUCAAACAAAACACAAAAAUUAUAAAACAAAAUGGAAAAAGCAUGAUGUCAGUAACCUUUUAUAUACAUCUGUCCAAAAUUGUUUGAAAUAGCACAGUGAAGGUGUAAACAUACUUGUAGACUUUACCAUUUGUUGAAUCAGAUGGGAGCAUCUCGGUCAAAGUAGCUUAUGUUUGGUUCUUUGCUACAGUAGCUUGGCAGUCAGCUUGGCAGACCUUUGUACUGUAGUAACCUUUUACUUAGAACCAUACCAUUCAAGACUCUUGGAUUGCAGAAUAGUGAUCCAGAUUCUGCUGAAAUACUGGGUGUAACCGUAGUAUGACAGUUUUCUACAGUUGUUUUAUAGUUGAUGUGAAUACAGUAAAUCUCUUACUAGGAAUUUCAGACAAACGGCCUUAUGCCGAGAUGUGUAACAUUUUAUAAACAGAAUGUUUCAAACAUGUAUAAAGUGACUUUACCAACUGGUUUUACAUGAAAGUUAACUUUAACUCUGCCCAGUCUUUACAGCGCUAGCCGCACCUCAAGCUGCCAGCUCUGCUCUCGUCAUCACUCCAGCCCCGCCUGAAGCAUCAGAGUCAGAUCAGCUGCCAGUAGCCGAAGCAACCAUGUCAGAACUCCAAUCAAAAAUCUUCCAGGACAUAAAGCCAAUAACCGAUUCACUUCAGCAGAAACAUCAGCUAGCGUGGCAGUUUUUUCUGUAUCCGCCCCCUUCUUUCUCCUCAGGCAUUGCAAUCUCCCCCCCCCCCCCCCGUCAUCAUAGCAACCCUGCUUCAACUUCAAUUCCAACAACCAGCAUACCAGAAUUCAACCUCACAUCAGCUUUUCCUCUGUCUGCAGCAGCUAUUCGCCGCCACGCUCUUUCCCCUCAAAUACGCCAUCAAAUAAUUGAAG